UUCUCAGAUUGUUUGGAAAGAAAUGGAACUGGUAGAAGAGAAAGAGUCAUCAGGCUCAGUGGAAGCAAGCACACUUGAAGAUUCAGGGCCUCAAGAGGAACCAGUAAUUUCCAACCCUCUCCUGAAGGCUGCUUUGACUGGGAACGUAGAAGGGGUACAACAGAUUUUUGAUGACCCAGAAGAUCCUGAUCAUGAAAAGGCCGCGGAGUUACUGAUGGAAAAGGAUAUCGUAGGGAGGGAUCUGCUCUAUACAACUUGCAUGGCUGGGCAGAGCGAUGUUAUUCGGACAUUGGCAAAAUGUGGGGUGGACCUAAAGGAUAAGACAGCCAGAGGUUAUUCUCUCCUCCAUUGUGCUGCUGCCUGGGGCCAACUGGAAACUUUGAAAACUCUUGUAGAACUGGACGCUGACAUAUAUGCAACAACCUUUCGGGGUGAAAAGGCUAGAGAUAUUGCUUUCCGGUAUGAACAGACGGAGUGUGUUGACUUCUUGGACUGGGCAGAAGCUAAACAAAACUUAAGACUGUUUAUCGCUCAAAUCCAGGCAACAAUUACAGAUCCUGAGAAGGUUCAGGGAAGGCUUAAUAAAGAAGACAAGAGCACAUCUCACAAGGCCUGCCAGGCCAAAACAGAUUGGCUUGAAAAUACUAAGGAACCUACCAUGCAAGACUUCCUGGAUCAAAAGCAGCAGCUAGAGGAUAUCAUGCUUCCCAUCUUUACAAAACUGGCUACUCCCCGUGGGCAAGACUCCGUCUCCAGCAGAAAAGCUUGAAUUCCUCCAGGCUACACAAUGGAGCAGGAAAAACCUGGAGUCCUUUAUCUAAAGAAGAGUCUUUAAAAAGAAAUGCACGCACUACAGUUUUGUUGCCAGAGACAACUAUCAAAUCCUUACAUGACUCUCCUGGCAGCAUGCAGCAAAAGUUCUUGUUUCUUCACGGAAGUGGUGCAGCAAGGCUGAAGAGGUUAACUUCUCACCGAGAGUUAGUAACUUUGGACCUGAUCCAGCUGGGUACAUCUCAUACCCCCGUGGCAGAAGAGAGGCUCCUGCAGGGGCCGUUCAGUCAAGUUGCACAAUUUCAUCCUAGCAGACCUUGUCUUGGUAAUAAAGC